AUGUCCGGAGAAACUGUUGGAGAUAACUCUACUGGAUCGAAAGAGACUGGGCUCAGGCUGCUGCGAAUGAGGAGGUUGGGCCUCCUAGCAAUGGGACACACCAUCGAGGAGGAUACAGCAGAGCCAGGAGGGAAGGUGGAUGUUGGUGUACACAAAUAUGCCCUCAAAGAUGACUUUGAGAGUCACGCGCCUUUGUGUUUGGUGAAGCACCUACAAGAUGAGCCGCUGAUGAACCUGCUGUCUCAUAUUCAAACACUGAGCACUGUGUACUGCAUGUGGACAGGAACAGAAGCAUCAGGGAGGAGCAGAGCGCUGAGAGGAGGGGCUGCUCUGAGCGAAUGGAGAGUGUGCAAGUGCUGGAAGGCGGUGGAGCUGACAGUGCUAGUGGGCUAG